CACUUUCCGACAAACCUUAGUUGUAGAUCAAAGCUUCAUCGUAUCAACAACUACUAGCUGUGAAGAUGCAAGAGGGUGUAGAUGCUAAGGACCUUGAAAUGCAGCUGCUAACACCAUCACCAGUAAGUUCGGAUGGUGGUGGUAGUGCAAGACAAAUAUUACAUCGAGCCAUACUAGUUGUCACGUAUGCUCAAAUCUUUCUUGCAGGAACUAAUUAUCACGGCCGAUCUCCAUCUAAAAGCCUUGUGACUACAGAUGAUGAAAAUGCUACAAUAGAUCAAGAAAAGGGGGAGGCUGAUUCAACUAGUGCAGCUCAACCUACCCCAUUGCUUAAGGUUGUAAAUAACACUCAGCAUGGAAGGAAGCAAAUAAGGACAAUUACCGAUGUCCUUCGUUCAACCCUGCUCUUCAAGGCACAUGGAACAACAGAAGCUAGUGAUGAUGUUCAUCAUGAAAAAUCUGGUGCAACUGAAAGUAAAUCAGAAGUUGUUCAAGCAAGUAAUGGGUUGGCAUCUUUACCUGAGCACCACAUAGAUAUCGAGCAAUUGCAGAGUAGCAAUAACAAAACCAUCUUGGAGAUUGUACGUAAGAAGAAUUUGAAUACCCUUCAAGAAUUCGGAGGUUUAAGGGGAGUUGCAGUUGCACUAGGUACAGAUUUGGAGAAAGGAAUAAUUGAAAAUGAUGUUAUUGACAGUCGACUACAGACAUCCUGUCUAAGUCCAGUUCCUACACACACGAUCUUCCAUUUUGUUUGGGCAGAGCUCUUGAAUAAAACGGUCCUCCUUCUCGUAUUCGUUGUAGCCUUGUCACUAUUAGUUGGGAUCUACGAAGAAGGUCCAGAGAAUGGUUGGUAUGACAGUGUGGUCGUGCUCAUAGCAGUCGUUCUUUUAGUUUUCUUUGGUUCUAUCCGCAAGUACUGGCAAGAAAGAAGAGCACACAAGAAGCUAAGAUCUACUGAAGUGAGUAUGCGAAGAGUCUGGGUGAUACGAGGAGGUGAACGUAAACAUAUUUGUGAAUCAAAGCUUGUUUACGGUGAUGUUGUUUUACUGCACAACGGUUGUCAAGUACCAGGUGAUGGCUUGUUUAUAUGUGGUCAAGCCUUAGAACUGGAUUAUGGGUCUGAAUGUUGUCUAAUUAAUGAGCAGAACCCCUUUUUGUCAUAUGGUGAGAGAGUGAUAAAUGGGGAGGCUCAGAUGGUUGUAACAUCCACGUUUACAGACACCGAAUGGAGUGAGAUGAUGAACAAAGUAACAGAUUCAAAGACAAAGUCCAAAUUAGAAAGCCACCUCAACAAGCUGAACACUUGCAUGCACUAUACAGGGCUCAUUAUUGGUAUUAUCAUCUUUGUAGUUUUAUUUUUCCGGUUUAUUGCUGGAAAAAUGGAUGACGAGAAUGGUUAUAAACUAGAAUCAAUGGCAGAACCAACUAGGGUGGGAACUUUUGCAAAUAAGUUCAAGAAGAUCAUUAAAGAGUCUAAGUAUACAACAAGAUCCCUGACAAAGUUGCUAAGUGUGUUGCUAGUUGGACUGACAGAAGGCGUGCCUUUUGUUGUUUCACUCGCAAUUUAUUACUGGAAUGAUAAGGCCCUAUGUGGUAAAGCUACUGAACAAAAUUCACAAGGUCUUGCAAAGAUGGCAUCAGUUACAACAAUUUGCACUGAUGUGUUUGGCGAUUUUUCUGAGGAUGAAAUGGAAGUUGAAAAGCUCUUUGUUGCGGGACAAUUUAUCAGCGACUGUACUACAUUGUCCCCCAAUCUUGUUGAAACAAUAUGUGAUGGUAUCGGGUUAGCCAAUGAAGAAUCAUGUCUCCAUUGGGCUAAGCAUAAGUUAAUAUUCAACAAAGAAAGGGUGAUGAGUAGAAUAGAUGCAACAGAGGAUAUGGAGGUCUGUCAUUUGAAUGGAUCAGUGAAUGAAAUUCUGAGCAAGUGCACAUAUUAUUAUAACUUUCAAGGGGAGAAAGUUCUCAUGAGUGAUGAAGAUAAAGAAUAUUUUGACCGGGCUAAUGAGAUCAUGCUGCGCAAUCAAUUAAAGACGACUGCUUUUGCUUGCAAGAAUACACCAGAUGCAGAUAACUUGGUUGUAAUAGCAUUGUUAGGCCUGAGAAACAAAAACAUGGAAGCCACAAAAGCAGAUGUCAAGGCAUUUAUAGACUGUGAAAUCAAAACUGUUAUAAUGUCAAGCAAAAAGGUUCCUGUUCUGGAAAACAUUGCCCAACAAUGUGGAGUUAUAGACUCUGAUUCGAAUGAUUUGGUGAUUACAGGGGAAGAGUUCAGGAACUACACCAAUGAGGAGAGAAUUGAUAAAGUGGAUAAGAUUUGUGUUCUGGGAGAGGCAACUCCAUCUGAUAAAUUACUCUUUGUUGAGACUUUGAGGGAAAAAGGUGAAGUGGUGGCAUUUCUUGGUCAGCGAACAGAUGAAGCCCCGACACUAAGAGCAGCUGACGUAGGAAUAGCUAUGGGGACAUGGAGCUCUAUAAAGGCAAGAGAAAGUUGUGAUUUUAUCAUAUGGGAUGGUAGUUUCACUGACUUGAUGGGUAUGGUCGAUUCUGGAAAAUGCAUGUACCACAACAUUCAAAGGUUUCUCCAGCUUGUUCUAAUUACGACCACUAGCAGCACAUUGAUAUGCUUCAUUGAGACAGCAGCUUCAGGCGAUGCUUCUAUAACAAUAGUACAGCUGGUAUGGGUAAACAUGGCCGUGUCUUUUCUUGGUGGUUUGGCGCUGCUAACAAAGAAAUCAAUAGAUAAACCGGUAAGCUUGGUUCCACUUCGUUGUGACACGUCAAUUAUAACUGCACAAAUGGUCAGAAACAUACUAGUCCAGAUUACGUAUCAGGGUAUCUGUACAUUGAUUAUUCAUCUCAAAGGAUCUAGAAUUUUGGUUACAAGCGAGUAUACGAAAGCCGUAGUUUUUAACAUGUUUAUCUCCUGUCAGUUCUUCAAUCAAUUUAAUGCUAGAGAGCUAGAAAAGAAGAACUUUUUCAAAGGCAUUCAUCUACAUAUAGAAUUUUGGGGUUCUAUUGCUAUUUUUAUAGUUUUAAAUGUUUUUGUUGUGAUGAUUGAAGAAAGCAUUGGAUAUGGUACCAGAUUGAACUGGAAGCUAUGGGCAAUCUGUGUUGGAGUUGGGUUGAUGUCAUGGGUGGUUGAUUGUUUUGGGAAAUGCGUCUUAUGGUUUAUCUAG